UUGAGCAUCCGGGAACGGGCUGCCUGAUUAACUCGGUGCCUUCUGUGAUUUUGUUGCUUAACCUCAAAACGACACAACCCAAAAACCCCUAACGAGAUCUCUCGCAAACCCUAGCAAGUGGCAGGAGCAAUUAUAUUCCGGAGGAACACUAAGCGGUCACGAGGAUCAUCUUCUCUAUUGAAUAACAAUGGCAGGAUCAGCUGCGGCCUCCAUGGAAGGCAAUGGCGGGGAGGAGGUAUCAUUGAAAGAUAAGGGUAAUGAAUUCUUCAAAGCAGGGAACUAUCUUAAAGCCGCUGCUCUUUACACUCAGGCCAUCAAGCUCGACCCUUCAAAUCCCACUCUAUAUAGCAAUCGUGCUGCUGCAUUUCUGCAAUUGGUUAAGCUUAAUAAAGCACUUGCUGACGCAGAGACAACAAUCACAUUAAACCCCCAAUGGGAAAAGGGUUAUUUCAGGAAAGGAUGUGUAUUAGAGGCCAUGGAACAGUAUGAUGAUGCCUUGGCUGCUUUUCAAACGUCUUUACAGUACAAUCCACAGAGCACUGAGGUGUCAAGAAAGAUUAAGAGGAUAUCCCAGUUGGCAAAAGAAAAAAAACGAGCUCAAGAAAUGGAGAGCAAACGAUCCAAUGUCGACAUGGCAAAGCACUUGGAUACAUUGAAAUCUGAAAUGUCUGAGAAGAUUGCGUCUGAAGAAUGUUGGAAAGAAAUGUUCUCUUUCCUUGUUGAGACAAUGGAGACUGCUGUAAAAUCAUGGCAUGAAACUUCUAAAGUUGAUCCUAGAGUAUACUUUCUUCUCGAUAAGGAAAAGACACAGACUGAUAAAUAUGCUCCAGUUGUCAAUAUUGAUAAGGCCUUUGAAUCACCCCACACACACAGCAGCUGUGUCACAUUUCUUAGACAGUAUGCUGAGGAGUCGUUCUCAAAAGAAGCUUGCUUAGUUGUGCCAAAAAGUAUCAUAUCUUACCCACAGGUGUGGAAAGGUCAAGGAUCAAGGAAAUGGAAGCAUGGGCAACACGAUGGCUUCUUUGUUCAAUUGGAAUCACCUUUCUUACGAAAAUUAUGGUUUAUUCCUAGUACCAGUGAGAAGGGUCAAACGCUCUGCAGGGAUCCAGAGCCUCUAGACAUCAGCUCACAUGAAGUGCUUCCACGCGUGUUCAAAGAGAAGCUGCCCAACUCUUAGCGGAUUCACGCGUCUGUAGUAUGGUAUCAACCUGGGGAAACAGAAUGUGCAUUUUGACAGAGUUGCAUAUCAAGAAGACAAACCAGUCCCAUGAAAGAAUUUUCUAUGAUGUUGGAGAUCAUGGUUAGAUAUAAGCAAUUUCAAGGUGCUUUUUGUUAGCCAAAGUACGCAUGUAUUCAAUUUUUUAUCACUCUUGAUAUUAGGCUUGUUAUUUAAGUUAUUGCAUUUUUUUAAUGUAUGAUUUGCUUGUCCAUUAUUGUAUUUCCGAGAAGGGCUUUGGUUUGGCCCCUAUGUUGGGUAGGUUUUCCCCCGUCCCAAUUAUAAAAUGCUAGCAUCUGUGUCGCUGAAGCUUACAGCGUCUCGAUGUACAAUGUUACUGUUGGCUUGUAUUUUUUGGCCUUGCUACAUACCUUUUGGGGGAUGCUGAUGAUAAUUCUGGUCUACAUGCAUAUCAGUGUGUUUUUUGCUUAA